CGUUGCGCGUGCGCACUGUGCUACUGCAGAAACAAGAUGGAGGUGUUUGUGAGCGCUCCGAGUUUCAGCUUCUGUAACUGGAAGUUUCCGGAUGAGUCUGCAGUCCGAGACCUUCUGAACCGGUUCACUCAGGAUCAGCUUUCUUCUUCGGGGGAUUUCUACGUGGUCAGAAAUGGUCGGCGGUCGGGUCUGGAGGAGCUCCUGCAGCGUGGGGCGGUCUAUCGCCUGGAGCCCCGCCUCUGUGGAGGGAAAGGAGGGUUCGGCUCCAUGCUGCGAGCUCUCGGCGCUCAGAUCGAGAAGACGACGAACCGCGAGGCGUGCAGAGAUCUGAGCGGACGUCGGCUCCGAGAUGUCAACCACGAGAAAGAGAUGGCGGAGUGGCUGAAGAAGCAGGCGGAGCGCGAGGCGGAGAAGGAGCAGCGGCGUCUGGAGCGUCUGCAGAGGAAACUGGCCGAACCCAAACACCAGUUCACCGAUCCGGAGUACCAGCAGCAGUGCCACGACCUGUCCGAGAGGCUGGAGGACUCGGUCAUCAAAGGUCUGCAGGCGUCCUCCAGCGGUCUGGUGAAGGUCGACGACGUCUCUGCAACAAAGAGACCAACCUCGGAUCAGAGCGAGCAGCCGCACGCCAAGAAGAAGAAGAAGAAGAAGACGGCAGUGGCGGCGGCGUGUUUCUGGACAGGGGUAGAUGAGCUGCAGAGUUCAGAGGAUGAAGACGAGGAGGAAGAGUCUCCAUGCUCCUCCUCCAGUGGCGGAGCUGCUGCUGUUACCAUGACAACAUGGGCAGAGGAGGCGGAGCCUGAGCAGAGUGGCAGCUCCUCAUCAGAGGACCUGAGACCUCCAGAAACCCCCAGAGACCAGAACGUCAGACCCUCAGAGGACCUGAGACCUCCAGAACCCCCCAGAGACCAGACCGUCAGACCCUCAGAGGACCACAGACCUCCAGAAACCCCCAGAGACCAGACCGUCAGACCCUCAGAGGACCUGAGACCUCCAGAACCCCCCAGAGACCAGACCGUCAGACCCUCAGAGGACCAGAGACCUCCAGAAGCUUCUAAACCAGCAGAGUCCAGCAGCUUGUCUCAGCAGCAGAAGCAGCAGAAGGGGGGUCAGUCUCUGCUGGAUCUGGCCUCAGUGCCCUCUGUAGACCAGCUGGAGUCUCUGGGUCUGGACGUCCUGAAGGAGGAACUGAUGUCUCGAGGGUUGAAGUGUGGGGGAACAUUGACGGAGCGCGCCGCCCGACUCUUCUCCAUCAGAGGACUGACUCCAGAUCAGAUCGACCCGGCACUGCUCGCCAGACCUGUUAGACCGGGGAAGAGUAAGAAGAAGUGAAGAGGUCAGAGUUCAGUGUGACGCAGUAGGAGGUUCAUUAAAGUAAUUUUUAUCGGUUUGGGCUUGAGGAUUAUUGAUUAUGGUCCGAUCAGAAAGCCGUUUCCUGUUAUUGUUAAACUUUUCAUUAAAAUGUCUGAAACCAAA